UUUGACUUGGUGACUUAGCGCGCGCCAAUAUUGCUUUCGAAAAUAUGACCGACUACAAUAAUUUCGAGACAAAUAUACUCACUUCAAUCAUGAAAUAUUUCUGUAGGUAAAUUCCAUGGAGCAGUGCUCGAGUAAAAUUUGGGUUUCGAUUCACCAAUGGACAGCCGUGUAGAAGUUUCCUAGAUGGUUAAUCAAGUUGUUUUGGCUGUUGGUUUGGGUUUAGUUGCCGGAUUGGUUGUGGUCGUUGUUUAUUUGCUGAUACAGUAUUUUCAUCAACGUUCUUCAACAAAUAAUUAUAAAUACACCCAGCUGACAUCUGAUCCUACACUUCGCUCGCGGACAAUAAUCAACCAGGACAUUCCACCAUUCUAUAUUCCCCAGGCCGUCUCUGUUCCACAACAACAACCGGCUAUCGGAGAACUUCAACGAACUUGUAGUAUUUCUAAAGAGGAGUAUCGGCAUGGCCAUGCUCAUCUGUCAGCGACAGUUCACAGUGUCAACGUGCGGCGCAAAGCGGAAGAUGGAGGAGGCAUACAGCUAGAUGCAAUCAACACUGGAACAAUCUCGCCUCCGUCCAUAACACCCAAAUUGCCAAGAACCCCGAGGACACCGCGAAAAAUUUCGCACCCACAAAAGCAAUCCUCGAAAGAAAAUCUCUCUAUUCCGCAGCAAAGGAAAGUUGCGGUUCACAAGAAAAACCCAGAGAUAAACUUGGGAAAACUUGAGUUUUCCCUAUAUUACGAUCAGUCUUUUCGUUUGCUGCAAAUUUACGCAACCCGUGGGAUUAAGAUAGUGAUUCUGGGAAGCGUACAUCCACCUGAUAUACAUGUCGCUGCAUCGAUAGUUUUAAAUGGCAAACAAAUUUGGGAACAGAAAACUCGUGUGGUUAAGAAAACGAACGAUCCGCAGUUUAAUGAAAAAUUGGAGGCGUACGGAAUAACUCAAGGAAAACUUUCAGAGGGUAUGUUACGCUUUCAGCUGGUGAAUACUCAAACGAACACAAUUAUCGGAGAAGUGGAGUACAUUUUAAAAGAUCUUCCGCCGAACAAGUUAACAACGAAAACUCUUCCCCUGAUUCCAGUUGAAAUAGAUGAAACAGAAUGCCCCAUCGAGGAAGAAGUUGAAGAUUUAUCCUCUGAGCUUGGCGAGCUAUCGAUUUCUUUGUGUCACAACCCGACGGAUCAAAAACUAAUGGUGAAGGUAAACUGUGCCAGGGGCUUACAACAGAUUACAAAGGACGGGAGACUAAAUCCAUUUGUGAAACUAGAUCUCACCUUCUGUGGACGGAAGCUUAGCACUCGGACGACAAAAACUGCUCAUAACACCAAAACACCAAACUUCAGCGAAAUGUAUGUGUUCGAUGUGGACUCAGACAAACUGCCUCAGAUCACGCUGUUCUUCAAGGUUAAGCAUCGUGGUAGAGUGCGUGACGUUCCCUUGGGCACGGUGCAUCUUGGGUAUUGCGUGAAUGUCGAGAGCGAAUACAAACACUGGGAACAAGCCAUGGAAAAGCCUCACCUUGAAAUAGAGCAAUGGCACACUCUCCAAGAGUAUUUUAUUGAAUGAUUGAAUUUCUUCGUCCUUCGACAGUGAGAUGAAUUACACUGAAACUUGUAAAAUAGACUUAAUUGAAUUUAUUUGGGUGAAAUAUGUAUGGCCUGUGGGAGAGCUGGGUAGAAUCUAGAUACCAUAGGGAAAAUUUUUAAUAAUGAAAUAAUCAGGUGGCAAAGCUUACAAAAUGCCAUGUGCCUUGUUUAUAUUUUGCUCUGAAAGAGAAAAUUUCGUAUCAUUAUCAUAAUUUAAGGUUCUCAGAGCACACGCGCACGAACGAACAUGAAGCGUGCGUGUCAUCAAUUUUCUUCCAGCCUGAACGGAAAAGUCGCUUGUAACGUGAAUGAAAAGGACUAUCUGGCUCCUUUGAGCCCUUUGGGAAGAGGUUAAAUCAGCGUGACCCUUUUAAAUUAUACAGAGUGUAUUUGCAAGGAGGAGAAUGCUAAUAUGUGGUUUAAUCUCUUUUUGGAAAAUCAUCCGUGAAAAGAGAUCUAUUUUGGUAUGUAUGGGAGUUACUCGGUUGAGUGAAGUAUUUUAUGCAAAAUGAUUGACCUAUUUUUACUUUGUUCAUUAAAAAAAAAAACAGAAAGAAGGAAAAAAAAACUUCGUAGAUAUGACGCGAUCCUUUCGCUCCUUGCCAUUAAAAGAGGCUCAUAAUAUAGUGGCGAGUUUUUAUCUAAUUUACAGUCAUUAGUACAAACGAUGACAAUUCGUAACACUGUUAUGACCAAUAAAGUUUAUCAGCACUGUGAUAAACUGCGUCCCUCUUUUGGUUCAAUGAGUAAAUCCCUCUGGUGACGGGAUUACAUUUUCAUUUAUUUACAGUAACAGGAAAGUGCACCGGGAAUCCUUCUGUGACGCAUAAGAUGAACGAUUUGUGACAAACAUUUCCAUGAAAUAUUAAUUGACCUUUCUCAUGUAACAGACCAUUUAAAUACAGAUGAAAUUUCUACCCUUACUUUCUGGCGUAAAUUACCAAAAUCUUGCAAAAGCUACUGAGAGAUAUAUUACUAAAACAAUAAAUAAAAACCACUUGUCCUCGUU